CCCCCAUCCCGAAAGCAGUUCCCCCUCCCGGGGAGGACGCCUAGGCCCCCUGCGGCUCUUUUCCUUAUGGCGCCUUUGGGGCCGGGGUUUGGGAGUCCCCGCUGGUCACCCGGCUCCUGUGGGCCUGGCGCGUGGCACGGGCGUGGAGGCGGCUGGGUCCCGGAGGCUCCUGCGCGGCCCCUCCGACAGUCGUGUCCUACGGCGGCUGGGCUCCCGCCUCCGGUCGUGCGGGGCGGCUUCGAGACCCUCUGGCGGCGCAUCCCUUGUUCGCCCCGAGCCACAGCCGCAGAAAGCAGGCGUUGGUUCUGGCGCUCCAGUCUCCGGGCGGUGGCCUCGGCCCCUCGUUAGGGUGCUUAUACACCCCUUUGGUUUUCUUUUUCAGCAUAACCUGGGACGCAAGUAAUUUGAAGCAGUUUCUCUCUUUACAAAGAGAUAAAAAUUUGUAUUUCAGGAAAGACUGACACUCAAGUGGGGCACACAGUUGGUUCUAGUUCAAAGACUCUCCCGAAACAUUUUUAUGUUUCAAUUCUUUUAACAUCUGGAGCUUAUAUACUUAUUUUGAAAUGAGGCUAGAAAAGAACUUGCUGUUAAAAUGCUGUUGUAAAAAUAGAGCUUUUGAUUGUAAAUACUUGCCUUAUUUUUGUAUCUGCUAGAGAAUAUUUACACUGAGUGAAAGGCCUUAAAUGUUGAUCUUUUUGAUACAGGUACUAACUGCCUGUUCAUGUGGUGUUUUGUACAUUCUUAUUGAAAAAAAAAUGACAGGUGGAAAGAGGCUGAUAUGUAUUUUGUAAGUUGCUUUUUAAAGAAAUUGUUUCAUGUGUCAAACAUGAAACAUAUACAUUUUUACAAAAAUGUAAAAUGUUUAUAUAUACCUUAACAUAGGGAAAUGCCUAGAUGUCUAUACCCCAAAAUGCUAAUGGUUUUUCUGGGUGAAUAGAUUCUAGGUGAUUUAAUUAACUUGGUUUCUAAACCUUUUCUUAAUUUUCCUGCAGUGACAUGUAUUACAUGUGCAGUUUAAGUGGAGAAGAGGGAGUGAAUGAUAAGUUGCAUGUGAUUCAGAAUCUUACCCAUGAGAGGAAGACUAGUGAGCAAAUGUUUAUGCGACAUCUCUGAGUAAAAAGCCAAACUUCUUCAUCAGGGUAGUUAUGUAUAUAAAAAGUCCGUAAGAAUAUUUGCUGAAAUGAAGGAUGGAUAGCAUUUUUGGUCUUGAGUAGGCAUCUUAGCAUCCUGCCAAAGCGGGGGGGUCUGAUAAAUGUUUGGAUAUUGUUCAGCCCUGAGUAGGAGUCAGACCUUUCCUGAUCAAGAUGAUCCUCUUCCUCUCACCUGAAUCCAUGCCAGCUUGCAACAUCAAUUUUAAUGCUAUGCUUGGUUUCCUUUCCUUACUUUUUCAUUCUUCUGGUUGGAAAGAAUUUGAAGUGUAUUCUGAAAUUGCAAGAAGAUACUAUAAUGUUUGGCUGACAGUUUUAGAGCAUUUAAAACAUGAAGUGUGAUGCUCUGGGCUUUUUAAAUUUUAGAAGCAUACAGAAGAGGUAUUAGGAAUAACUCUUGAAAUUUUAGUUUAUUACAUAAUCGGAAAUUUUUGAUUUUUUUAAAGCACUUGACUGGGAAGGGUUCAAGGAAUGCUGUUUGUGGUAGGUGAGGCAUGACAGAUAGAUAGAUAGAUAUAAUAGAUAUUUCUAUAAAUCUCACUGUUGUCUGUUUCUCUGGGUGAUUUCCUUCCCUUCCUCCCGUUGGUGGCUAAGUAAGAACUGGAACCAAGAUGUAACUUACUGGUAAUAGUGAUUAGCAAUGAAAAUUACUUACACAGAGUUAGCUGUUCAGAACUCAGAAGGCAUGCUUUUUCAUCUCUGGUUCUGCAACUUAGAUGACUUGACUUUCCCUGAAUCUGUUUCCUCAUCAGUAAAAUAAGAUAGAGAAAUGUUCAGUAAACUAAAAAGCACUGUCUUAAUACUGUGUUAUCACAUCACCUGUAGUGCUAAUUAAUACACCCAGAACCUAGUGAAGCAGCAGACAGUAUGUACACUUAUCAUUAGAAAUGAGAUGGUCUCACUAAUGGUACCAAGUUCUACCUGCUAUAUAUAUUGCUUUGAUGGUAAGAAAAGCAGCAUGUAAAGCUGGCGGAGAAAACUUCAAUAUCUUUUUCUGACAUUCCUUACUUGCCCAUUUCUACAGUGAAGGAACACUAACCUGAAAUGGAAGAGGUAGUUGUGAUUCUGACACUAAUCUGUUACAUGAAUUGGGGUGAUCUCUUUAUUUCCCUAUUUGUUUUCAAAGCAUGUGCUUUAAAAUUUGAUCUUUAUUCAAAUUCCAGCUCUACCAGUUAUUAAGAAUUGUCUUUAUUUAAUCUUACUGUGCUUCAGUUUCCUCAUCAAUAACAAGGGGUAAAUAAUUUUGAGAGACUGUUGUACCUUUAUCAUGUUAUAGAAUUAAAUAAGAUAAAGUAGGUGCACAACCUGUUACGUGAUUGGUGCUCAGUAAGUGGUCAUUGUUCUUAUAUUGUUGGAUAAUCUAUAAGGACUUAAACAGUUUGAAGUCUGAUUUGGUUUGCUUUCAUUCUAUUUGCUUUCAUUAUGGCUGAAUAAAGUAGGCUGAUUUAUAUUCCUGUUUUGGUGUUAAAAUAUAGCUAUAGCUUUAGAAGGUAAGUUUAUUUCAGAGAAAUAUGACACAUAUAUAUUUAUCAAUUUUUAGUGUUUAUACAGUAUAUCCAAAAGCUUAUUUAUACUUGAAUUAUUUCCAUAUAAUUUUCCAGUUAAUUAAAGACCUGGUGCCAUUGUAUUCUUGAGUCUCAGAAGUGAACUACAUUUUUGCUUAUAUGACUUCUGUUGUGUAUUUUGCUACAGGCUAUUUUUUUACCAUCUGUGAAAACUUCCCUGUAAUUCAUUUCUCCUCACCACAGUAUUAAGAAUUAUACCAAAUUGAAAAGAUAUGAAUGAAUAUCCUAAAAAAAGAAAAAGGAAGACAUUACACCCUUCUCGUUACUCAGAUUCCUCUGGAAUAAGCAGAAUUGCAGAUGGAUUCAAUGGAAUUUUUUCUGAUCAUUGUUACAGUGUUUGUUCUAUGAGACAACCAGACUUAAAAUAUUUUGACAACAAAGAUGAUGAUUCUGAUACAGAGACAUCAAAUGACCUGCCAAAAUUUACAGAUGGGAUCAAGGCCAGAAAUAGAAAUCAGAACUACCUGGUUCCCAGUCCUGUACUUAGAAUUCUAGACCACACUGCCUUUUCUACAGAAAAAUCUGCUGAUAUUGAAAUUUGUGAUGAAGAGUGUGACUCACCUGAAUCAGUUAACCAACAAACUCAAGAAGAGAGUCCUAUAGAAGUUCACACCGCUGAAGAUGUUCCAAUUGCUGCAGAAGUGCAUGCAAUUUCUGAAGAUUAUGAUAUAGAAACAGAAAACAAUUCCUCUGAGAGUCUCCAAGACCAAACUGAUGAGGAGCCGCCAUCUAAACUUUGCAAAAUUCUUGACAAGAGCCAAGCUUUGAAUGUGACUGCCCAGCAGAAGUGGCCUUUACUGAGAGCUAAUAGCAGUGGCCUCUAUAAAUGUGAACUUUGUGAGUUCAACAGCAAAUAUUUUUCUGACUUAAAGCAGCAUAUGAUCCUGAAGCAUAAGCGUACUGAUUCAAAUGUAUGCCGAGUAUGCAAGGAAAGUUUCUCUACCAACGUGCUUCUGAUCGAGCACGCCAAACUGCAUGAAGAGGAUCCCUACAUUUGUAAAUACUGUGAUUAUAAAACAGUGAUUUUUGAGAACCUCAGCCAGCACAUUGCAGACACCCAUUUUAGUGACCACCUUUAUUGGUGUGAGCAGUGUGAUGUACAGUUCUCCUCAAGCAGUGAACUCUACCUACAUUUCCAGGAGCACAGCUGUGAUGAACAGUACUUGUGUCAGUUUUGUGAACAUGAAACAAAUGAUCCAGAAGACUUGCAUAGCCACGUGGUAAAUGAACAUGCAUGUAAAUUAAUUGAGUUAAGUGAUAAGUAUAACAAUGGAGAACAUGGACAGUAUAGCCUCUUAAGCAAAAUUACCUUUGACAAAUGUAAAAACUUCUUUGUAUGUCAAGUAUGUGGUUUUCGGAGUAGACUUCAUACAAAUGUUAACAGGCAUGUUGCUAUUGAACAUACUAAAAUUUUUCCUCAUGUUUGUGAUGACUGUGGGAAAGGCUUUUCAAGUAUGCUAGAAUAUUGCAAACAUUUAAAUUCACAUUUAUCUGAAGGGAUUUAUUUAUGUCAAUACUGUGAAUAUUCAACAGGACAAAUUGAAGAUCUUAAAAUUCAUCUAGAUUUUAAGCAUGCAGCUGACUUACCUCAUAAAUGUAGUGACUGCUUGAUGAGGUUUGGAAAUGAGAGGGAAUUAAUAAGUCACCUUCCAGUCCAUGAGACAACUUGAUUAUUUUCUUUAACUGCCAUAAUAUUAAUGUAAAAUAAUAAAUUUGACUUUUGGAGAUGUUAAAAUAGAUGAUUUUAAGCAACUUAUGAGAAUCGUCUUUAACAAGUAAGAUUUUUUUUAAUUGUCCCAUUUUCUUAGCAUUGCUCCAUUUUUCAUUACAUUUAUAAUGGUAUCCUAAAUGUGGUAUUUUCAAUGCAGGUAGUUCAUAGUUUUAACCACUAUUGGUGUCGUCUUGUUUCUUACAUAAGCUCUGAUUUCAUGAAUUGAUGAGAAAGAGAUAUACUAAAGAAACUAGACCACAGUUUUCCUUCUGUAACCAUGAGUGCUAUUAACUUUUUUAAACUCAAGACAAGCUCAGUUUUUUAUAUAUAAAGUCAUUAAAAUGCAACAUAACAUACAAUUAAGUCCACUGAUACUCCCAUUAAUAAGAACCCAGACUCUCCCUCUUGCAUGCCCCAUCAGGAAUUAUCCUCAAGUCUGUCAGUGGACUCUCCAUCUGUGUAAUUCUUUUAAUAACACUAGGAGGCAAAUGUUACAAUAGGAAGCGAAGAUCCAGUUUUUUUGGCAGUCUUUAUUUUAUUCUGUUUCAACCCCUAUCCAUGAGUUAAAUAAUUUAAGAUAGGAGUGAGGAGGAACUGGUAAGGGCAUUGACAAUAAAAAGUAACAUUUUAUAACUCACAACCUGUUCACAAUUUAUUUUAAGUUAUGCAACAGCAAAGGCAGCCCAAACUUCUGAUGUCAAAUCAUUUAUUGACUGAGAAAACCCACUAUAGUGGGUAUAUUAACACUGUAGUGUUAACAUAGAAUUACGAAGAUCUGAGAGAUAAGGUGUUCCUGGCCUUUCUUCUUGGCUUGUAGAUGGCGGUCUUUAUUCACAUGCUGUUCUCUUUGUGUACAAGUCUGUCUCCCAAAUUUCCCCUUUUAUAAGGUCACCAGUCAUAACUGGAUUAGUGCUAACGCUAAUGAUCUUAUUUUAACCUAGUAAAGACCUUAUCCCCAAAUAAGCUCAUAUUUUGAGGUACUGGGGCUCAGGACUUCAACAUAUGAAUUGGAGGAUGGGAGGAAGAGACAUAACAACUACAAUUCAAUAGCAGCUUCUUAAAUAGCAGUAUCACAAAAAUAGAAUUUUGUCUAUCAUUGGACUCCAAUAAACACUGCUGCUAACAAUAUUCUUGUUCAGGAAUAUUGAUAUAGUUGAAGAGACCAAUUUACAACAUAUGGUUCUCCCACUACAAGAACCAUGGAAGUGUAGCCUAUUUUGAGAAUGGUGGCAGCAACAAGUUUUUUAAAAACCAUUUUUAUCUCUACAAUUGUCAUAUAUUGUAUAGUUAUAUUCCUAGAAACUCAUCUGAUUGGAACAUUCCAGGUAGGGUUACCUGAUAGAAAUGUUUCUUAGAAGACUUAAAAUCAUAGUGGUUUAAACAGGCAGGGAAUCUUAGAAACCAUUUGGUGUAAACCCUCCAGUUUUCUAUUGUAGAAAUAGGCCAAGGUCACAACAUCAGUUGUAGCAGACAGGAGUGGAAUCCAAGUUAUUUGGCUUCUAGUCUAGUGUUGUUUCCAUUACACCAUGUUACAUUAAGAUCUAAGGUUUGUCCUUGGUGUGUUUUUCAUGACUACUUGACUUAGCCACUCGGCUACCUUCUUGGUAAUUCUGUUUUUAUGCUUUUUUGAUAUACAUCCAGCUUCAGGAAUUUUAUUUUCAGGAAACAAACUUUAAAUAAGUAAUGCCUUGGUUGUUUUUUUUUUUUUUCCUCAGUUCUGUAUUUUACUGCUUUACAUUUGAUCACAUUAGUAAUCAAAGUGAUUGUAAGGAAACCUCAGGAAAUACUAAUCCAAGUUUCAGAACCAUAUAUAAUUUUGUACUUUUUGAUGAAUCUGCAGCUUAAGGCCACAUCUCACUGACAGUUUGUCCAAUAAAAACUUUUUACUUUGA